AUGUGCGCGUGUAUGACGGUCCAUUCUGCCUCCCCUGCAGGCUGGACGGUAGCAGGCCAGAGCACCAUGGUGGAGCCCAAGCCCAGAGCAUCAGCAGCCCAGCGUCUUGGAGCCCAGGAGACCCUGGGUAUCAGCACCCUGGACCCUGGCCGCAGGCCGCCCACCAUGCCCCCCAGACGCCAUGUCACCAUCAAGGUCCACAUGUUGGACGACACAGAGGAGGUCUUUGACGUCUCGGUGAGUUCUGGUUGGCUGUCUGUCCUGAUUGGCUUAUAGUGCAGUGUGUUCAAGGUAUAAAUAUUUCCCAUUCUGUUUUUUGUAUGUCGAGUGAGAGAAUUUAGCAUAACAAAAUGUUAUAUCGAAGUGUGCCUUUAAACGGUAUCAUCCUUUUGUCGUCUUUUUAUAGCUUUUCCAUUAAAGCAGGAGAGAAUUUUGACCCUGACAGCAGCCUGUUGUUAAGGGUUACAGGUUGGCAAUGUAACUGUAUAAACGUCAAAGUGCUGUAUGCAUGAAUGAGACUGUGCUGGAAAAUGUCAGUGCUGGAAAAUGUCUAACCGGCAUUGUCAACAUUUCUGACUUUAGCUGUUGGUGUGGUGAAUAUAUGGUACUGAACUAGUUCUGUGUUUCUUGUUGUAUACAACCUCACUAGACAGAUGGGAGAGCAACUUAAAAGUAUUACCCAUGUGGGUGUAUGGCUUGGGAGGAGAGGUUUAGUUAAUGCAGAUAUCCAUUAGUAAAUCAGGGCUAAUAUUCCUGGGUAAAUAAGUUAACCCAUUUGCGACCAAGCUUUAACUUCCUGACUGAUGUCUUGAGAUGUUGCUUCAAUAUAUCCACAUAAUUUUCCUUCCUCAUGAUGCCAUCUUUCAUGUAUGUUUUUCCUGGAAAACAAGGACAUUUCUAAGUGACCCCAAACUUUUGAACGGUAGUGUAUUUACCAAAAAAUAUAUAUGGGGGGAUUGGUAAUGAUGCAGACAAUUACAUUGAUGGAUGCCACAAUCUUCUGCAAUAUUAAAGCUGAUCUACUCCUAAAGAAAAAAACAAGUCAGUUCCCAGCUAACGCAUAACGUUCUGAGAACCAUAUGUUUCUUAAAGCUUGGUGAGAGUGCAUACAACCUGCCUGUAACGUUUUCUAUCUAUAGGUUUCCUCAUGGUUCUAUUGAAAGUCGUCCAAAAAGUUAUAUACUUUUGAAUCAUCUGUCCAUGGAAGAACGUUCUUCCAAGAGUCUUGAUGAUCAUCCAGGUGCUUUUUGGCAAACUUGAGUCCAACUUUUUGAACGAGAUGGGUCCCAUUUAUGCCUGGCGAAAACCAAACACUGCAUUCCACAGUAAGAACAUCAUACCAAAGGUCAAGCGUGGUGGUGGUGGUGUGAUGAUUUGUGGAUGCUUUGCUGCUUCAGGACCUGGACGACUUGCCUUAAUAGAAGGAACCAUGAAUUCUGCUCUGUAUCAGAGAAUUCUACAGGAGAAUGUCAGACCAUCCGUCUGUGAGCUGAAGCUGAAACGCAGCUGGGUCAUGCAGCAAGGCAAUUAUCCAAAACACACAAUCAAGUCUACAUGAAAAUGGCUAAAAAGCAACAAAUUGGAAGUUUUGGAAUGGCCUAGUCAAAGUCCAGACCUAAUCCUAAUUGAGAUGUUGUGGCAGGACUUGAAACGAGCAGUUCAUGCUUGAAAACCCACACGUCACUGAGUUAAAGCAUUUCUGCAUGGAAGAGUGGGCCAAAAUUCCUCCACAGCGACGUGAGAGACUGAUCAACAACUACAGGAAGCAUUUGGUUGGAGUCAUUGCAGCUAAAGGUGGCACAACCAGUUAUUGAGUGUAAGGGGGCAAUUACUUUUUCACACAGGGGAAUUGGGUGUUGCAUAACUUUGUUUAUGAAAUAAAUAUGUAAUUGUUGUGUUAUUUGUUCCCUUUAUCUAAUAUUAGGUUUUGGUUGAAGAUCUGAUAACAUUCAGUAUCACAAAUAUGCAAAAGUAGAGAAAAUUAGAAAGAGGGCAAAUACUUUUUCAUAGCACUGUACAUUCCAUUCUCAGCAUCAACAAAACUCUAUCUUCUUAAGUGUGUUCAGGUGUGUUGGCCACGCCCACUAAUUGGACACACCUGAUCUUAAUGAGUGCUUGUUUCCUUUUAAAUUGGGUCUGUUUGAAUAGACUAAAAUGAACAGCUUUAUAUGAGUAAAAAAAAACAUGGCAUGCUAGCACCAUCCUGGUGGCACAGAGGAUUAAUUCCAUGCAUAGAGAGCAGAAGAUCAUUGGUUUGAAUCUCAUUGACGCUGUGCCGCAAUAAAAAAUGAAUGUUUUUGCAUGAUUAAUGCCUAAGCAAAUACAUUUCCAUGUGUCCUAUCUGUGCUUGGAGUUCAAAAUAGUUAACCUAAGCUAUCCGGGUUAUUAAAAGUCUUAUUGAAACGUGUUCUCAGAACAUUAUUUAAUUACCUUCAAAUAACCUAUAAUUUCCGUUACGUUAAUAAAACUUUCAGGGAACCAUAGAAAAACAUUCUCAGAACCUCCCUGCAACCUAAAAAUGUAUGUUCCCAGAACAGGCAACAUUUUCACUUCCUUUCUCAUAAAGUUUAAAAAACGUUCAAUUUUAACUGUCAGCAAACUUAUCCCAGAACCAAUGGGAAACCAAAAACGUACAUACCCACAACCAAAUGUGCUAGCUGGGUUGUUCGACUAUUUGAUUUUAUGGUCUGCCCUUCUGCCCUUGAUCAAGGCAGUUAACCCUAAACAACAACUGGUCCCCGGGCGCCGAUGACGUGGACGUCGAUUAAGGCAGCCCCCCGUACCUCUCUGAUUCCGAGGGGUUGGGUUAAAUGCAGAAGACACAUUUAGGUUGAAUGCAUUCAGUUGUACAGCUGACUACCCCAUUCCCUUUGUUAUUCAGUUGUACAACUGACUACCCCAUUCCAUUUGUUAUUCAGUUGUACAGCUGACUACCCCAUUCCCUUUGUUAUUCAGUUGUACAGCUGACUACCCCAUUCCCUUUGUUAUUCAGUUGUACAGCUGACUACCCCAUUCCCUUUGUUAUUCAGUUGUACAGCUGACUACCCCAUUCCCUUUGUUAUUCAGUUGUACAGCUGACUACCCCAUUCCCUUUGUUAUUCAGUUGUACAACUGACUACCCCAUUCCCUUUGUUAUUCAGUUGUACAGCUGACUACCCCAUUCCCUUUGUUAUUCAGUUGUACAGCUGACUACCCCAUUCCAUUUGUUAUUCAGUUGUACAUCUGACUACCCCAUUCCCUUUGUUAUUCAGUUGUACAGCUGACUACCCCAUUCCCUUUGUUAUUCAGUUGUACAGCUGACUACCCCAUUCCCUUUGUUAUUGUCACGAUCGUCUAGAACAGGAGACCAAGGCGCAGCGUUGCAAGCAAACAUCUUCUUUAAUAAAUGAAACACGAUCAAAACAAACAAAGACGAUAACGUGACAGUACACGGUGAAACUAAACUACCUCAAAACAAGAACCCACAAACACAAAGUGAAAACAGACAGUUUAAAUAUGGCUCCCAAUCAGAGACAACCAGCGAACAGCUGACACUCGUUGCCUCUGAUUGGGAGUCAAUUAAGCCAACCCAGAAAACAACAACCUAGAACACCCAACAUAGAAAUAACCCACACAGAACGAACACACUCUGGCUCAACAUAAAGAGUCCCGGAGCCAGAGCGUGACAGUACCCCCCCCCUAAAGGCGCGGACUGCGACCGCGCCUCAAAAGAGCAAAACAGGGGAGGGCUGGGUGGGCAUACCUCCACGGCGGCGGUUCCGGCUCCGGGCUUGACCAAAACCCUACAACAAACCCCCCAUAGCGCCCCUGGUCCGGUCUGGCCCUGCUGGCUGGAGCUGGACUGGACGUAGCAGGAGCGGUAGGCUUCAGCUCCUUAGUGGAGCAGUUGAGCGGUACCUGAAUUGGCACCGAAUACUCAGGCACGGGUUGUGCCGGACUGACGACUCGCUCCCCUGGCUUGGUGCGAGUAGCAGGAACGGGCUGGACCAGGCUGACGACUCGUACCCCUGGCUUGGUGCGAGUAGCAGGAACUGGCCGGGCCGAGCUGGCGACGCACACCGUAGGCUUUGUGCGUGGAGCAGGGACAGGCCGGGCUGGGCUGGCGACGCACACCGUAGGCUUUGUGCGUGGAGCAGGGACAGGCCGGGCUGGGCUGGCGACGCACACCGUAGGCUUUGUGCGUGGAGCAGGGACAGGCCGGGCUGGGCUGGCGACGCACACUGUAGGCUUUGUGCGUGGAGCAGGGACAGGCCGGGCUGGGCUGGCGACGCACCCCGUAGGCUUUGUGCGUGGAGCAGGGACAGGCCGGGCUGGGCUGUCGACGCACACCACUGACUUGGUGGGAAUGGCAGGAACAGGCCGGGCUGGGCUGUCGACGCACACCACUGACUUGGUGGGAAUGGCAGGAACAGGCCGGGCUGGGCUGACGACGCGCACCACUGACUUGGUGGGAAUGGCAGGAACAGGCCGGGCUGGGCUGACGACGCGCACCACUGCCUUGGUGGGAAUGGCAGGAACAGGCCGGACCGUACUGGUAACACACCCCAGUACCUCUCGCCGUGCCUCCACACUUUCCCUCUCCUCUGUGCCCAGUGGCCCCCCUAACCUGGCGGCCUUCUCUGCCAACGCUUUGCACCGCUCUAACCCGUACACCUGCUGCCCCGACGUCGUGAGCCCCCCCCCCUAAAAAUUUCCUGGGGGUCUCUCCUCCCCGUGGCCAAGGCCUCUCUCCCUCUUGCCAAACUCGCAAUCAUCUCCUCCCACGUCCAUCCUCUCUCCUCGUCACGCUGCUUGAUCCAGUCGAGGUUGCCACGGAGAUCUGCCAGCGAUGGCUCCUGAACACGCUGCUUGGUCUGGUUAAGGUGGGUUCUUCUGUCACGAUCGUCUAGAACAGGAGACCAAGGCGCAGCGUUGCAAGCAAACAUCUUCUUUAAUAAAUGAAACACGAUCAAAACAAACAAAGACGAUAACGUGACAGUACACGGUGAAACUAAACUACCUCAAAACAAGAACCCACAAACACAAAGUGAAAACAGACAGUUUAAAUAUGGCUCCCAAUCAGAGACAACCAGCGAACAGCUGACACUCGUUGCCUCUGAUUGGGAGUCAAUUAAGCCAACCCAGAAAACAACAACCUAGAACACCCAACAUAGAAAUAACCCACACAGAACGAACACACUCUGGCUCAACAUAAAGAGUCCCGGAGCCAGAGCGUGACAGUUAUUCAGUUGUACAGCUGACUACCCCAUUCCAUUUGUUAUUCAGUUAUAAAACUGACUACCCCAUUCCCUUUGUUAUUCAGUUGUACAACUGACUACCCCAUUCCCUUUGUUAUUCAGUUGUACAACUGACUACCCCAUUCCCCUUGUUAUUCAGUUGUACAGCUGACUACCCCAUUCCCCUUGUUAUUCAGUUGUACAGCUGACUACCCCAUUCCCUUUGUUAUUCAGUUGUACAGCUGACUACCCCAUUCCAUUUGUUAUUCAGUUGUACAACUGACUACCCCAUUCCCUUUGUUAUUCAGUUGUACAACUGACUACCCCAUUCCCUUUGUUAUUCAGUUGUACAGCUGACUACCCCAUUCCCUUUGUUAUUCAGUUGUACAACUGACUACCCCAUUCCCUUUGUUAGUCAGUUGUACAACUGACUACCCCAUUCCCUUUGUUAUUCAGUUGUACAACUGACUACCCCAUUCCAUUUGUUAUUCAGUUGUACAACUGACUACCCCAUUCCAUUUGUUAUUCAGUUGUACAACUGACUACCCCAUUCCCUUUGUUAUUCAGUUGUACAACUGACUACCCCAUUCCCUUUGUUAUUCAGUUGUACAACUGACUACCCCAUUCCAUUUGUUAUUCAGUUGUACAUCUGACUACCCCAUUCCCUUUGUUAUUCAGUUGUACAGCUGACUACCCCAUUCCCUUUGUUAUUCAGUUGUACAGCUGACUACCCCAUUCCCUUUGUUAUUCAGUUGUACAGCUGACUACCCCAUUCCAUUUGUUAUUCAGUUGUACAACUGACUACCCCAUUCCCUUUGUUAUUCAGUUGUACAACUGACUACCCCAUUCCCUUUGUUAUUCAGUUGUACAGCUGACUACACCAUUCCCUUUGUUAUUCAGUUGUACAACUGACUACCCCAUUCCCUUUGUUAUUCAGUUGUACAGCUGACUACCCCAUUCCCUUUGUUAUUCAGUUGCAGUGGCGGCUCCUGAAAAAAUUCUCAGGAGGGGCAAUUUUUCUGAUGAUUUAGGUGACCUACACACAUUUUAAAAAAGAUAUGUCCAGCAACAACAUGAAGACAGGGGCAGCAUAUAAGUCAAUACCAGAAGCAUUUAUUGACUGAUCUGGGGAGAUGGAUUCCAGUUUCUGUGACAGAUUAUAAAUAAUUUCUGAUGCCUUUGUUAUAUUAGCUUUUGGUUGAAUGUACUGUCGUAGUAAAUAUAUAAUGUUAUAGCUUGGUCUGACUAAAAUCUUGUGCAUGACCCAUUUUGUGUUGGGACUUUGUUUUCAAUCAAUGCUGUUCCUAUCCUAUAACAAUGGACAAAAGAGUCAUAUCUUGUCAGCCUUGUCAGCACGUGGCCAAGGACAACACCCACACCAUAGGUCUCUCAGUUCUUCCAACUCACGAGUUCUUGCUCUGAGGACACACACACACACACACACACACACACACACACACACACACACAUCAUCACUGAUAACACACACACACAUCAUCACUGUUAAACACACACACACACACACACAAAUCCCCUCUCUUUAGGCUGAACAUUUGAAGACAGAGAACCCGACUCAGAGCCAAUGCAACAGUGGAGGGGACCUCGCCCAACUCAUCAGGACCAAUCAGAAGAUCAGAACUACUAGAUUCAACCUACAUCAUUUAUUGUAUAAAAUGUCUGCACACAAUGUUUUCGGGGCUCUCUCUUCAGAUAGCUCCCUAAGAUUUUGACGAACGAGUCCGUGCACGCGAUUCCAGAUAUCUUUACCUCUGAAUAAACUGCCUUUAUUAUACCAUAUCCACCCUGUCCAAAGUCUCUACUUGGUCUCAGUUCUCCAGUAAACUUGUGAUUAUCAACAGUACACAACGGUAACAAACAAUUGGGGGAACUCACGGGGCAGAUAGUAAGGUCGCAGUGACACAGAAAGCAGUUCAAUGUCUCGGGGGUACAGAGUCGCUCUCUUACCAGGAUCGAUCUGUGACUGUCAGAUCGCGGUCCGCUCUGACCAGGGUGAAGCCAACCGGCUCCACUUCUCCGGGACUCUGUCAUCCAGCCAAGUCUCCCAGCUGUAUUGGGAUUCCGCUGCCAGCAGCGUUUUCAUUAUUUAGUCCGUUCGUAGCGGGUAUGUACACGAUCAACAAGAUCAGUCCAAAACCCACCACUGGAAAUCUAUGGUUGGCAGAAUGUUUGUAAACUAAGUGUACAAAUUAAGAACAUAAAAUAACGCCACUAAGUGUACAAAUUAAAAACAUAAGAUAACGCCACACUGCAGGUCGCAACAGAGACGCUGCUAGCCGCUAUUUGCUUAGUUACGUUCAUGGUUACGUCACGUAUGACGAAAGCGCGUAAGUGCAAGCCCACAGACACCCAUAGACAUUGUAUUGAAAGCUUUGAAAUUUGAAAAAAAUAGAUUUUACAUGACAGGCUAUGAGAGACUUCUGGGCGAUUUUCAACCUGACUGAAAUCGCCCCAAAAACGGGCGGGCCAUUUGAAGCACGACUUUAGCCUGAUUUGACAUUUAGUGGCAGUCAGAUCAGAUUACAACACUGAUAACUACUGUUGCCGUGAUAUAAUUGAUUAGAAAAAAAAUCCCUUCCUUUUCCCGUUUGGCAGUGCGUCGCCCAUAUCGCCCUAUUGAACAGGCCGUCCCUGUUCAGUUGUACAACUGACUACCCCAUUCCCUUUGUUAUUCAGUUGUACAGCUGACUACCCCAUUCCCUUUGUUAUUCAGUUGUACAGCUGACUACCCCAUUCUCUUUGUUAUUCAGUUGCACUUUGAAAUCAAGCAACACAUUUGUAGAGAGAGGAAACAAAUAGCUUAGGCCGAAGGCUACAAUUAUCACCCAUUAGCUUAGAUUACGAUGCUAGUCUGACACAAUGUGAACUCUCUCCUCUGGGCCUUCGUCUCCUUUAAUGUAAUCCACCUCUCCUCUGUUUUCUCCGGGAUAGGAGAGAGGGGUCCUACUCCCUAAUGCUCAAGUUGAACAAUUAAUAGUUGAACAGUCAACAGACAUGAUCUGAACCGCAUUAUAGCCUGCAAGGUGUGUUUGUUUAUGCGCGUGUUAGGGAUGUUGUACAGGAGGUCCCGGGUUUGAGCCCAGUGAGAGACAAGGACGGAACCUACUCUGUUACACACGCGUUAAUGUGCGCGUGUAUGAUGGUCCAUUCUGCCUCCCCUGCAGGCUGGACAGUAGCAGGCCAGAGCACCAUGGUGGAGCCCAAGCCCAGAGCAUCAGCAGCCCAGCGUCUUGGAGCCCAGGAGACCCUGGGUGUCAGCACCCUGGACCCUGGCCGCAGGCCGCCCACCAUGCCCCCCGGACGCCAUGUCACCAUCAAGGUCCACAUGUUGGACGACACAGAGGAGGUCUUUGACGUCUCGGUGAGUUCUGGUUGGCUGUCUGUCCUGAUUGGCUUAUAG